GCGCUGCUUUUAGUUAUUAUAUCAAGGCUUCAUUUUUUAUGUCCCCGAGUGUUUUCUCAUCUGUUAAUCAAAGAGAGUUCUUUCGCUUCACCGCAGAAAAACAAAAAACAUUGCCUAUAAUUGGUGUUGAGAAUUUCGAAUGUCGAAGAAACCAAGCAUACCAUCUUCAUUCAGUUUUAGCUCCGAAUUCCCCACCGUUUGCUUGUGACUUUUCUCCAACUCUUACCGAUCUCAUUUUAAUCGCUCAGGAGGAUGGCUUAGUCCACCUGUAUGACACUUCUGUUACUGGUACUCAAGCCUUUCUCAAACAUUAUGAAGCACAUAAUAACGCAGUAUUCGACGUUAAGUGGCUUUCGUCCGGAUCAAGCUUUCUGACAGCCUCUGGAGAUCAGUCUAUUAGAUUAAUCGAUGCUGAAACAGGUGUCAUAAUACAACAAUUCUUUGGACAUACUAUGUCAGUACGCAGUCUUUCAUUUAUGCCCAGUGACUGUCAUAUCUUUGCAUCUACUUCACGCGAUGGUAGUAUACGUAUGUGGGAUACUCGGGUUAAACCGGACGCACUAAAUUUUCGAGGCUCACCAGGAAUAUCAAGUGUUGGAGUUUUACCACAAUGUCAUGUACCGUUUCUGCCUAAUUCUUCUAAUACAGACGGAAGAAGAACACGUACUCCAAAACGUUCAGCGACUGAUGCACAAAGUGUCACUUCGGUCUUGUUUGUGGAUGAUAAUACCUUUUUGUCUGCAGGAUCAUCGGAUGGGUCUAUCAAAAUGUGGGAUUUAAGACGAGUGUUUUGUGUUGGAAGUAAAAAGCAAGCAAAACCAAAAUUUAUUUUACCUUAUUCAGGUACUUCACAAAAACAAAGUGGCUAUUCAGAUUUGGUAGUCAAUUCGUAUAGAACACGUCUAUUCGCCAAUUGCCUAGAUAAUGUUGUAUAUGAAUAUGAUCUAACGCAGUUAACUACACAACCAGUUUUCGUUUAUACUGGUCAUGUGACAGAUUCAUUCUACGUUAAACUAGAUAUCAGUCCAGAUGAUUCCUACAUAAUUUGUGGUAGUUCAGAUCGUCGAGCGCAUAUUUAUGCUGUUGGUAAAUGUCGACAACAACCAAUAGUUCUUUCCGGUCAUACAGGUGAAGUUAGUGUUCCACGUUGGUGUAAAGGCGAUCCUACUAGGAUUGUUACUUUGUCAGAUGAAUCUCAAGCAUUUGUUUGGAAUAUGUUUCCCGCUCGACGUUAUACUUUACCGGAUUCGGGAGAAUUAGCAGGUCUCGCUGAACUUAUUUCACCUUCAAAAUCACUUAUGAACACAAGUCAACUAGAGAAAUGUAUUUUAUCUUCAACUACAUCACAGUCGAAUAAUGUAAAUAAUAAAUUAGGUAGCCUUUCUUCACCCGAUUUCAAUUGUCGAUCACCCAUGACUUCAGCUCGUCGACGACAAUCAAAUAUCCGACAUUUCCUUGAAACUGUCUCUCCAGUUAACUCAUCUAGUUCUACAUCAACUACUAACAAAUCUUUGGUCGCUUUAUCUUCAUUGUCAAACAGUAUGAGUACAAAUGGUGUAGUUUUAAAUUCAAAUCUACAAACAAAACGGUUGCCAAGUUUAGCAACGCUUACCGAAACUUUAGGUGGGGUUGUACAACGAUUUCCAGGCUUAUCAACAGGAUUCCAAAAUAUCCAUUCUGCACCGAGUACACCUCCUUUAGGUUGUUAUUCUUUGAACUCUGUCAAUCGUAGUCCAUUUAUUAAUACUCCAACAAAAAUUGAAUCUCCUAUAACACCAGAACAGUUGCUUAUUCAUCCAUUCUAUAUGGAAGAUUCUGAAAAUAUUAAUCCAGACGAUUUGUUACACUCAAUGUCAUCUCAGGGUCUUCCUUUGGAUUGUGUUGAUGGACGAGUGUUAAAUCAGUCUCCUAUUAUCCGUUGUUCUGUAGACAGACCUGCGUAUAAUCCGAAUUCUCCGACUACACCAUCAAAAAGAUUUCCAUUAUCCUUAAAUCAAUCAAUUUUUAAUACUCCAGCGUCACAACCGGUAAAUUAAUCGUCAUAAAUAAUAUUUGUGACAUAUUUUUUUAUGAGGUAGAAAUAAGUUUUUUCUCAGUAAUUUUUAUUCUUACAUUUGGGAAGGGGAUUAGAGUUUAAUGUGAUGGGUUUCUAAAGUGGAAAUCUUUUAAUUCACCAUCGGUAUUUCAAAUUAUUUUAACUUUAAGAAAGUAAGUUUUAAUUGCACUAUUUUGUAUGUUUUUUUGUUAUAUCGUUGAUUCACAGUUGGUAACUCAUUAUUUAUUUUAGCGACUAUAUUAUUCAAAUAAUACCAGUAUAUUAUUAGAAAAGCCAUGUUCAUAUGGUUCUGAAGAUAAUUGAUGCUUAGUAAACUUUGGUAAUCCAGUAUAGUUUUAAAUAAUACGGCUCAGUCAAACUUAUUACCUUAUAUUUAGUAGGAUUUUGUGAUUUAACAAUCUUUAACAGACACAUGAAAUUUUAACCCAGCUAAGAGAUUGAAAAAGAAGUAUAUGAAGUAACAAAUCAUAUAAAGAAGAGUUUUGUAUGGUAGAUCAUCACCAUUUUAUGAAAACAAAUGACAACGAUUAACCCUUGCAUUUGACUCCGUAGACCGCGAAAUCCUGUGGCAGUGUCUGUCAUUGAAAGGCGUACCUCAGAACUACAUAAACCUUGUGAAGGCUCUUUACUCGAACACUACUAGUCGAGUAAGAGCUUAUGGCGAACCGUCAUCUACUUUUGCAACCUCAAGUGGUGUCUGUCAAGGAUGUCCACUUUCCCCAUUUUUGUUUAACUUCAUCAUAGACCUAUUGAUGUAAAUAACAUUCUCGUCUACUGAAUUCUCGGGUGUCGAUCUUCUUCCAGGAGGUCCACUUAUCGACUUAGAAUACGCAGAUGACAUAGUCCUGUUUGGUGAAGACGCUGAUAGAAUGCAGAGUCUUUUGGAAGCACUGAGCAACAAUGCCAGAAUGUUUGGAAUGCGCUUCUCUCCCUCUAAAUGCAAGUUGUUGCUUCAGGACUGGUCUGCGUCAACACCUGAACUAAGGAUAGGGAGUGAAGUAGUCGAACGCGUUGACAACUUCACUUAUCUUGGAAGUUUGAUCAGCCCUGAUGGGUUGGUGUCUGACGAAAUCUCAGCACGGAUUCGAAAAGCUCGCUUGGCUUUUGCCAACUUACUUCACCUAUGGCGAAUGCGAGAUAUCCGUCUAUCAAUAAAAGGACGAGUAUACUGCGCGGCAGUCCGUUCUGUCUUACUUUACGGCAGCGAAACAUGGCCUUUAAGAGUAGAAGACACCCGUAAGCUAUUAGUAUUUGACCACAGAUGCCUUAGAAAUAUUGCUGGCGUCUGUUGGGAUCACCGGGUAAGUAAUAGUGAGGUUGGACUCAGGGUAUUAGGUAAUGAUGGUAAAUCAGUUGAUGAGGUUGUGAAUCUUCAUCGACUGGGAUGGUUGGGCCACUUGUUACGUAUGCCUGAACACCGAUUACCACGUCGUGCAAUGCUAACAGGUGUUAGAGAUGGUUGGAAGAGAAUUAGGGGCGGCCAAACCAAAAUGUGGCAUCAGUGCUUGAAGACACUAACCUCUAGUCUGAGCCAUGUUGGUAGAUGCAGACUACUUGGUUGGGGUCCGCGUGACUGUCGUAACCAAUGGUUGGAGACUCUUGGUGACAUGGCUCAGAAUCGAUCACAAUGGCGUCGGUGUAUACACUCCCUGUCUUCCCUUAAACUAAGAGAUUAAAAUCGCUUCAUAUCUUUCUUUCUACGAACUAAUUCGUUCUUGCUGUACUAUAUCCUUAUUGCAAUCUUUCUUUUAUAUAUUACCUCUGAAUUAACCACUCCUAUGAAUCCGGUGUCCAUCUUGCUGUGUUAAUGAGGUAUGGCAACUUGGACCGAUGCAUAUAUGUCCCUGAUCCUAUGUUGUAGCUGACUGACUGACCCCUUGCACAAGUGAAGACUGUCAACAACAUGUAACCUUGCAGAUUAUACCGUAGGUUGUUUAUUCAUGAGCAUUGUGUUAUCAUUUCAGCAAGAUUUCAGAUACACGAAUAGUUCUGUAAAUCCAUCGAAUGAAUUUACUGGAGUUCUGGAUUUUUUUACUAAACGGUCACACAUAUAUUUUCUUAUCAACUCCUGGUUUUUAAAGUGUUUAUGUUAUGUAAUAGAAACAGUCUUGGUUAUAUUUUUUUCACACUUCAGUCAGUUGAUGAAUUAUCUAUAAUGGAAUCAAGAAAACGUAGAAGAUCAGAUAUAUUUGAUGUUUCUCCUGGUUCAAGUCCAACACUUUUCAAUUCCGGUAGAUUUGAUUUACCUAAUAGUGUUAAUCGUGUCAGAGAAAAAAGGCGUCGGUUAACUGCAUUUCCAUCAACUUCACAAUCGGUUGCUUCUCCCAGCAGUUCUCCUGUUGUUCCAGUGGCUAAUUCUCGGCGUCGACGAAUGACAACAAUGUGUCCUUCUGCGCAUAAUCCAAUCACAAAGUAUUUCAAGAAAAAUGACUGACGUUUUUAACAGAUGUUACCUAUUUGUAAUAUAAUUUUAACUUGUAGAUAUUCUUUUCUUGUAUGAUCCCUUACAUUUUUUUAUGGGAACCAGUUUUUAAAUUUUUUUAUCGUUAUGUAUUUUCUUUUUCUUAUAACAAACUAAACUCUGACUUAUGCACGUUUACGUGUACAUUUCACUAUACAGUGAUAUUUUUAUAUGUGUAGAACUUUGCAACUGUGUUUCUUCUUUUUUUUUUUCCAAAUAACGUUUUAUACCUCAACACGUACAGAUCUAUUUUUAGAAUUUUUUACAAUACUGUUUUGUAAAACUUUACGUUUUUGCUUUAUAUUAAACUGUAUGCAGUUGAGAAAAUAACUUGACCUCAUAUUCCUUUCAAUAAACCUGAUAUAUUGAG